AUGGCCUUGAAAAAAUGUACACGUUUUAUACUUGUACAAAAUAUAAGUAAUCCUAAUGUAACUGAUGAUAAUAUGGAACCGUAUCAUAUAACUAUAUUUCGACGUAGUACAUCAAUACCACUAUUACCAAGAUUAUCAUCAGCUAAUUUAAUAAAACGAGAACAACAACAACAACAACGAAAAUUUUUUCAUUGUUCUUAUUUAGUUUCAAAAUAUCAACGACGUGAAAAAGAUGAAGCAUUAACAAAUAAAUUAUAUAAAUUAAAUAUGCAUACAAUGAGAAAAAAAUCUGCACGAAUAAGUAUGCGUUUAUCAAGUGCAUUUGGUUUAUCAGCACAUACAAUUGAUGAACGAUUCAAUUUUGAAGAACAACGAUUUCGUGCUAUUGAUAAAUUUUUAAGAUUAUUUGUUCGAAAUGCUUAUAUUUGUAUGGAAGCACUUAAGGAAACAUUUGUUACUGAAGUAAAUGUUGCUGAAGAUUUUCAAGAAUUAUUAUCGGAUAAAAUGCCUGAUUUAGUACAACAAUUUGUUCGAUCAAAACGUUUAUUACUUGAAAAUGCUUUUACAGAAUUUUGUACUCAUAUGGAAUCAUGUGUUGCAAAUCCAAUAAAUACAUUAAUAAAAUUAUUUGUUUUACCAUCAAAUUUAAUAUCUAAACGACAUGAUAAAUUAUUAGAUUAUGAUAGUGCUCAAUCAGCAUAUGAAAAAGUUAAAGAUCAACAAUCAAGACAAGCUAAACAAGUACUUGAUCUUGCUAAAAAAACUUAUGAAGCAUUAAAUAGUCAAUUAUUAGAAGAAUUACCUAUUUUAUAUGAACAUAGUUGUGAAAUAUUAGCCAUAUGUUUAAAAGCAUUUAUUACAGGACAUCUUCGUUUAAUACAACAUAUGAGAAUAAAUAUUCAAUAUAUUCUGAAUCAAACAACAUCAUCUACUGUUCCAGGACAAUUAAGUUGGUUACAAAUAGUUGAAAGAUUUACAUCAAAAAAUAGUUCCGUUGCUGAACAAUUAUUUCAAUUAACAAUAACAGCAAAAAAUUUUUC